CGACACGUGCAGUGGAAAUAGAAGGCUGGAGUGUCAAGGGUUGCUUCUGCGAGUAACCCAGCAAUCUCAUGUCGUGGCUCGGCUUCCUCUCUGACGGGCUAUUCUAUCGUCACCUUUAUCUUCUUUUUGCAAUCCUGUCUCUUUAGUCACAUCAGAUUGUUCCCGUUCUUCCACCAUGUCUCAUCUAGAAGACGGCAACAACGAAGUGGCGAGCCUCGGCAUGUACGAGGCCGGGGGAGAAGAAGGCAGCGGCUUCCACGUCUUCAACGUCGCACCAGAUCAAUACCACCGGUCCGAAGUUCUUCAGCGUUCUGGCGCAAUCGACAUUAGCUGUAAGCUCGAUAAGGUCAUCCACGGCGCCAUGUCGGCCGACAGCGACUAUUACGCUACCCUGCUGGUUAUGCGGUGGUCCUUCCAGGCGAAGAAUAAGCGUCGCAUCUCUGAGGCUAAUAUUGAGCUGCUCUUCGAGCCUGGCCCUGGCGGUGAGGAUGUCGAGGUCGAAAGGAUCUCGUUCGAAGGCGAUUCGUACAGCCUUAUGCCCACUACCCAGCAGGAGAGCAUCACCAAGGGCAGCGAGGCGAGCGUUGGCGUUGACCAGUUUGCCAGUGUUGGGUUGACGGGGAAAUGGGAAAAGACAACCAGCAGCGAGAAGACAUACGCCGCGACGCUAUAUGGCGUCAAACAGGUCGUCAACAACUUACCUCCAUACCGGAUCGCCAAGUGGACUCUUUCCGAGAAUGAAGCCCAGCUCACAGGCAUCCCGGCUACUCUCAAAGUCGCCGUCCUCGUUUCUAGACAGGAUCGCGAAAAGUUCAGCUGCAAAAUCGGCUUUUCAUGCAAAACGGACUGGAAGUCGAGCACACAGAGCUUCUUCAAGAAAAUCCCAAAGGACGACCCCAUCAUCUUCCAGCCGAACCCUCGCGACAAGGGCACACGGCCGAACAAGAACGUGUCGUAUGACAACGAUGAGCUGCAGAGCGAGGAUCUUGGGAAGUACUGCGAAGUCAGCUACCGGACCGUCAUUAAGGAUGCGCAGAAGACGCGAUGAGAAUCUAUACUCAGUAGGGUCGAUGGUGGAUGAGUUGUUGCCUUCAGUCGUGUGGGCUUCUGCACUUGCAGCUCAGCAUCCUGCUGGAUCCCCUAGAUGGGCAUCAAUAUGUUCUGCGUUUCUGCCUGGAGCGAUGAGUCGUAUUGUUUUCAACCAACACUUCAUCUGGCUUGCCCCCACGGCUCCAUUCGUGAUAGCUGCAGCCUGUGGUCGCUUCAUAGAUUUGCGUUCAGUUGUCAGCACCAUGAUUUCACUGUUAUCUUCUUUGCUUUCUAUAUUUUAAUCUAGUUCCCAGGUGUUAAUCUUUCAUAUACAUUUUAAAUAGAUGUUUCCAAAG